CAUGGGAGAGAUAGACAAAAUCCGUGACGGGUUUCUUGGUGCAGUUAAAUUGGCAGUUCAUCGUCAUUUUUUGUUCCCUACAAACAUUUCCUCUAAAUGCAGAGUGUGUUCCAUAGAGAGACUUGAACCCACCAAAGUCUUGACUUGUAAUCAAUGCGAGUUUUCUCUUCAUGAAGACUGCAUUGAGAUCACCAGCCCUUCUCAUCAUAAGCAUCCUCUUAAGCUGCAUGAACGUAUCAUAGGUUACCGUAGACGGGACCAAUGUUGUCUUUGUAGAUACAAGUUAUUGGAUAUGUUCUACAAUUGUUCACGUUGUAUGUUCGAGGUGUGUAUGGCUUGUCUGAAGAGGCCAUUACUUAUCUACAAGACAACAUCCCACAAGCACCCGCUUUCCCUUAUGCCCAUCGAUUCUGUCUCCUUCACUUGCGAUGCUUGCGGCUCUGUAGAUAAUUCCUCAUAUCCUUGCACAUGUCUUCAAUGUUGCUUCAUCAUUCAUAGAGAUUGCAUUGAUUUACCUAGUGUUAUAAGUAUUAAUCGUCAUGAUCACCGUAUUUCUCAUGUCGAUAUUCUUAGACCGGAGGAGUGGAUAUGCGGAGUUUGCCAUAAAAUUAUCAAUAACCAAUAUGGAGCGUAUUCUUGCUCGGUUUGUCAUUAUGCAGUCCAUUCCAAGUGCGCAAUAAGGGAUGAUGUAUGGGAUGGGAAAGAACUUGAUGGAAUACCUGAAGAAGAGGGAGAUAACAAAACCGAGGAUAUAACGCCAUUUGAGGUGAUUGAUGACAAAGUUAUAAAACACUUUAGUCAUGAACAUAUAUUAAGAUUUAUUUAUCAAGAUGUUCUUAUUCGCGACGAAAACCAAAGAUGCUACGCAUGCGUUCUUCCAUUCUACUACGAUGCAUGCUAUAUAUGCACGCAUUGUGAUUUCAUUCUUCAUGAAACAUGCGCUAAUCUUCCGCGGACAAAAAGGCAUGAGUUACACAAGAAUCACUUUACUCUUUACCCGAAUCCUAAACCUGGAGAAGAUCUCGAGCUUUCCAAAAGCUUUUUCACAUGUGUUGCUUGUCAAAGACCAAGCAACGGGUUUAGGUACGAGAGCGGAAAUGUAAAGUUGGAUGUUCGUUGUGCUACAAUCUCAGACGAGUUUAACCAUGAUAGUCAUUUGCAUUCCUUAUUUAUCCUCUCACUUUUUCCUCGGGAGUGCUCGGCGUGUGACCAAAUGGUGUACGGCUCACUGAGUUGUGUUAAACUUGAUUUCUUUUUGUGCUUCAAAUGUGCUACUUUACCAAAAGAGGUCUUCAACAAGAACGACAAACAUCCUCUCUAUCUACGAUACAGUGGAUAUCGCUACGGUAAUUAUUGGUGUGAGAUAUGCGAAAAACCAACCGAUCCAAGGAAGUGGUUUUACUCAUGUGACAAAUGUUGUUCGACUCUUCAUAUCGACUGCGUACUCGGUAAAUCACCUUACAUGAGGCCAGGGCACAGUUUUCUUUUAUGUAGUCGUGAGUUCCAAGUGGUUUCCAAUAACCAUACAUCUCGACCGUUUUGUACUAUAUGUUCGUUGCGAUGCAAAGAUGCUUUUGUUCUGAAGAGCAAGGAUGAGACUGAUACAUCAUGCCUAUGUUCUCUUAAAUGUCUCGAUUCUCUUGUGAUGAGUAUGCAACGUAUUAAACUGUAAUCUAAAUAAUAAUGUUGUGGCAAAGAUCACAUUAAUUACUUUCAUAGUUGUGUCUUAAUAAGUUCAAUGCUAUUUUUUUUAUAUAAAUCUCACUACGUUCAGUGGUUAGU